UGAAAGCUUUUGAAAUACAAGUUAAAUAUUUAGCUUCACCGGAGUCUGCAAUCUUUGUUUUGAACAAGUGGGAUAUGGUUGAUGAAAAGGCGAAAUUGGAGCAGUUAGGUAUUGUUACUAAAUGCCUCGAAGAACGAUGGCCAAUGAUUAGACCUUACCAAGUGCUCCCACUCAACUCGAAACAAGCCGAAAUUUUUCUAUACUAUGCAGGCACGUCAACUCCAGAUCUGGAAGAAGUCUUCAAAAGUAUUACAAAAAUUCUUCCAGGAUCUCUCAACAACAUCAUUAUGAAAUCCCUAAGCAAACCUUGCGACUUUAUUGUCUCUGUUGAAAAUAUGUUGCAAACAACUAUCAGGCAGCUGAAAUUACCUGUUUCACAGAGAGAUAAAUUAAAUAGUAAGAGCAUGGAAAAUCUAGAACAGUUUGAAAUAUUGUUAAAAGAAAUGAAAGCCAAACUCGAUAUGAAAGUUGGCUGGCUUAAAGAUGAUCUUUUGCCUUAUCUUCAGACGGACAGCGUUCGUGAAAGCUUUUAUAAUUGGAAUGUACUUUCUUUACCGGUUGACCAGAGGACAGCUGUUGAUGCAGGCAACGUACAACAAUUUUUGUAUAUGAGGCUAUUUCAGAUUGUAGAUAGCCGCUUCAAGAAAGAUGACCUUCAGCAAUGGGCAAAAAUAGCAUUGGCUCGAGAUGUUGCAAAAGCAGAGCAAGUGCUGAUUCAAGCAAACUUGCACAUAAGCGGUUCUGUUCAAUCAACAUUUGGAAUCAAGGACAAUCACAACGAUUUAUCACGAUCUUCGACAAUAUCCCAAUUCCUUGCUAUUUGCGCCGGUGUCGGCAUAUCGAUAGGCGCAAGUUGGGUGACAGGAGAGUUUUUAGCGACAGUGGCAUUACCGAGGGCCGUAGUUGCAGUUGCAGUACCCUGGUCUAUGGUAGGUUUUGUUGGCAGUGUAGUGGCUGUAGCAGUAGCUAAAAGGGUCUGGCAAAGUACUGUCAUCGAAAACUUUAAAAGGAACAUAAGGCAAGCUUAUGACGAGUUUAUUACAAAUACUUCACAACUGCAAGAGGUUAUAUUGACGCUGCUGCAGUAUCAUUGCAAACCUGUGCAAGCUGUAUCAGACACACUUCCUCAAAUGUAUGGGCAACUUCAGAAAACCUUAGCUGUAAUUGAACGGGCAAAGGAGGAACAUCGUCCAAAGUAUGAAGAAUUGUUAAGCAAAUGCCAAGACUUAAAUGCCAAAUUAUCAAUUUUGACUCUCCAAUGCAUGCCUCACAAGUUUACCAGCAAUGAUAUCUCGUGGCCACAGCCGAAAACAGCAGUAGGUAGUGGAAGUUUUGCAGAAGUUUACAAACUCACCAUUCCUGGAGCGGAUGAAGUUGCACUAAAAGUAAUAAAACGUGAUAUUACGCAGGGAAACACAGCUUCUGAUGUGAAGAAAGAAUUUGACGUUUGCAGAAAAUGCAAUCAUGAGAACAUUGUCAAGUUUUUGGGGUCAGUACAACUCUCGUCACAUCCCCUGAAGAUAGGAUUGCUGUACGAAUGGUGCGACGGCGGAACUUUGGCUUCUUUUAUUAAAGAUGCCCAAGAAGAACCAGCUUACACACUAAGUGGCUUUCCCAUUGCUCGAAGUCUGGCACUGGGUAUACUCCUUGGUAUUUGUUAUCUUCAUGACAAUGGCAUCAUUCAUAGAGAUAUGAAACCUGAAAAUGUGCUCAUAACAGGUCAGAAUAAAGUGCGUCUUGCAGACAUGGGACUGGCAAAGUCAAUGGAACAAGUAAAAGGUACGCUAUGUGGAACACUGUGGUACAUGGCACCGGAAGUAUUUCGUGAGAAGCCGUACACAGAACAAGUAGAUAUGUUUAGUUUCGGGAUCAUUAUGUGGGAGCUAUGGCACAAAAAACGAGUUUAUGAAGUCUCAAAUCCACCUCCCUUACAGCUUUUCUUGGAAAGGGUAGAGACAGGUGAGCUACGUCCAGGUGAAGGACAAUUUAUUGGAGAAGAGAUUCUGAAUGGGACCCUUCAACAACCCAAGCCAGCUAUAUCGGUCGAUGUGCUACCACAGACUAAAACUAAAGCGUGGGCAGAUGUUGCAAGAGACUCCUGGUCAUCAGACCCUGAAAAUCGGCCGUCGGCGCAUACAGCUCUUGAAAUAAUAUCUGCUAUUUCUGUUGGACGCGACGACUGACUACGUAAAAUAUCUCGCAAUGCAUGCGAGCCAUUCUUACUACAAAAGUGCAAAGUUUUCUGUGAAUUUCAGUGUGGUAUAGGGCGUGACUGAACACACCAUAACUGCUUGCAAUAUGUAUAGUUGUUGUAGCUGUUUGCAUGUUUACAAGUCACGAUUGUGCCUGGGCUUGUAUGAUAGCUGUUUGCUGUUAAUUUUGGGUCGCUAGUUAUUGAGUUGACUGAUUCCACGUACAACUGGCAACUCUAAUAGACGUUUGUAUAUGAAUAUAAUCUACACAAG